ACUGAAGGGAAGGCGGUGCUAAUAACAGGCUGUGACAAAGGUUUUGGACAUGCCUUGGCAAAACGGCUUCACGCAAAGGGAUUUACUGUUUUUGCUGGAUGCUUGCUCGCGGACGAGAAUGGGGACGGAGCCAGGGAGCUGAAGAAUAUGAAGUCAGAUCGCAUGAAUGUGCUACAGAUGGAUGUGUGCAGUGACCAGGAGGUGGCUCGGGCUGUGGAUUUUGUGAAGAGGUCCCUGAAGGAGCCAGAGAAAGGUCUGUGGGGCCUGGUGAACAAUGCUGGCGUCUCGACCUUUGGAGAGGUGGAAUUUGCAAGUUUAGACAACUACAAGAAGGUGGCAGAGAUCAACCUGUGGGGCACCGUGAGGGUGACGAAAGCUUUCCUGCCCCUCAUUCGCAGAGCUAAAGGCCGUGUGGUGAAUACCACAAGCAUGUUGGGACGGAUGGUGAGUCCAUCUCGCUCCUGCUAUUGCAUUUCCAAGUUUGGGGUGGCAGCCUUCUCCGACUGCCUCCGGCAGGAGAUGUACCGCUGGGAUGUCAGAGUCAUCCUCAUUGAGCCUAGUAACUUCGUGGCAGCAACAGGCAUCCUGACAGCAGACAGCAUCGACAAACAGGCUGAGGCACUGUGGAGUGGAGCCAGCGACACUGUGCGGGAGGACUAUGGGAGGGAGUAUUUCACUCGCCAUGUGGCCCUGAUGAAGUCCUUUGUUAACAGUGGCCUGAAGGACAUGUCUCUGGUCUUGAAUGACAUCACCGAUGCACUCACUUCCCCGUGCCCGAACAACCGUUACAAUCCCAUGGAGCCCUACUGGUGGGUGAGGCUGCAAGUCAUGACUCACCUGCCCACUGCCAUUGCCGACUGGCUUUACAUCCCCGGAGCCACCCUGUAA